UCGUUUUUCAUUCAAGGAUUGGGUGCAAGAUAUCUUUACAAGGCAAAGACCACGUUUGUGAAAACUCUUCGAACAAUAAGCCACAUCUGGAGUCUGGAGUCUGGACUCUUUGGAAAGUUUAACUUCCCAAGGGGCCUUCGGCCCUCUAAUCAGAAUCAUACUUAUUCGUUGCAUGCAAUAGGAGACGACCAGCUAACACAUGGACGACCGCCAAACUUAACCGACUGAUGGAACCUCCAAAGCUAAAAGUGGAAGUGCUGAGGACAUAAAUACAACAACCAAGCAAUCCUAAUAGGUGUAGCCACGCAUGGCCGCCAAAGCCACACGCGUUGUAACCGGAGGGUGUUUUUUAUUGGUGUAAGUUCGAGUGCGGGAUCGAAUUAUAUGCCUCGCUUCGCUUGUUUAAAAAAAAUACUAAAUACUAAAUUUUGCUUUCAUAUUGCUCUGUUUGUAUGUAGUAGAUGUAGAGUUUUCAGAUGAAAGCAUGAUUAUGUGUUAGCAUGCACGGAUACACUUGUUAUUGCAAAUCCCACAUGUCUAUAUCUUCUUAUAAGUUCCUAAAACACGUACCGAUUAUUCAAUAUCCAAAUGUCAGUGUAUCCUGCCUCUUGGUUCAUGUUGCCUUGCACUCAUUAGUUGAUUUCUGCUUUCUACCUAUUCACGAAAGCCUAUCAAUCUUCAGUUUCAUAAUUUAUAAAUCCCCCCUUCUUCCUCCUGUGUGUUGACUAUAUAUACUCUUUGCCUAAGAUCUUUUGCUUCAACAAUUGGUUGAAUUUUGCGUGUGAAAUCUGAAAGGAAGAAGGCACCAUGAUUAAGACGUUGAGUCCUUACUCCACCACAGCUACAACAGCUGAAAUCAUGUCAAGGUAUAGGCCAAUAGCUCCGAAACCUGAUGUACCUGCAAACUCCAUGAAUGAGAGCUCAGGUAUGUCUCAAAAGAUGAUGCAAUCUCCUUAUCUCAGGAGUCUGUGGUGUCAUCUGCAGGCUAGGCCUACUAGGGCUAGAAAGAGAGGUAGAGUCGCUUUAUCAUCAACAACACCACUCAAGAGAGCAAGGACUCAAGUCCUAGCGCUCUCUUCACCGAGUCUCAUAACAUCCCCCGCAAAAAACCUCUCUUUGCAAGGUUUUUCACACGGUAUUCCUCACCUUUCUAUUCCUAACUUUGGUGGAAGCUUGGAUAGUUCUUCUACACCAACAGCAAGUUUGAUGCCGCUUCCCCUCCUUCCAUGCCCUCCCUCAGUACCUGUCGUUGCCAACUAUGCGACAAUACUUGAAUUGAAUUGCAUGGAACCUUGUGGAGGAGAAAAGUUAAUAGAUUUGAACACAAUUGUUGAAAUUCCUGAAGAGAAAGAUCUAUUGAAGCAGCUCCAAGGUCCUCCAGCGAGCAACAUUAUAGCACCUCAACCGAUUCGACCAGUGGGCUCCAUUAUCUAUGUUGGGUGCAUCAAAAAGAAUCCAAUCCUAACCCCACGAAUGCAAGUCCUGAAGAAAGGAGAGGAGGUUGAAGAAUUGGUUGAGUCCGAUGCCUUACCGGCAGUGAUUUCCGACUCAAACAACAAGGUUAGAUUGGCAAAUUCUGCUUACAAAGAGAUGGUGGGUCAACCAGAAUGUCCAUGGUUGGACUCUGUGGUGACAGGUGAAGGAAGAGCCCUAGGCAACUCAUGCAAGAAAAUCUGUGGGGAAGUAGUACUCCAUUUAUCAGAAUCUGAUUCGAGGUUGACAGUUAGAUCAAAGGGUUUUUCAUGUUGGGCGAGGAUUGAGUGGGGAAGUAAAGGGAAGAAGAGAUCAGUCAAAGCGUUCUGUGAGGUCAUCAAAUUAUCUUGUCGGUCAAAGGACUAUCUCUUCACGUGGAGGUUCCAACCAUAUCAACAAGAAGAAGGAAGAAUCACAUUUUAGGCACUCCAGUCUUUGCAAUUUGAAUGGGAUACAGCUGUUUUACAGCAAAAAUGCACCUUAGCUAGCUAACUAGUGUUCUCAAUGUAUAGUUAAGAGACAUGUUAUAUCAAGUAUACAGUGUAGUAAUUUUUGUCGUUAUCUUUUGUGUGUCCAUAUAUGCCAAGUUUUUACUCCAUUGUUUCAACUUUCUUUGUAGCUUAUUUUAACAAUCACCAAAAAAUAUGAUUGGAACUGAUUAUCUUGGCAUACAACUUAAUUCGGCAAUUAAUUUAUAUAAUAUAGUAUAAGAAAUAUUUUGUUGA